CUCGCCAGGGUCGCAGUGGUGCUGCACUCCGCGGCGGCAAGAUGGCGGCCCAACCGCAGGAUCGAGAGGGUGGUGCGCAGCUGGCAGGGCCCGCGGCGGAGGCCGACCCCCUGGGCCGCUUCACGUGUCCCGUGUGCCUAGAGGUGUACGAGAAGCCGGUGCAGGUGCCCUGCGGACACGUCUUUUGCUCUGCAUGCCUGCAGGAAUGUCUGAAGCCGAAGAAGCCUGUCUGUGGGGUGUGUCGCAGCACUCUGGCCCCUGGCGUCCGAGCCGUGGAGCUCGAGCGGCAGAUUGAGAGCACAGAGACUUCUUGCCAUGGCUGCCGUAAAAAUUUUUUCCUAUCCAAGAUCCGGGCACACGUGGCUACCUGUUCCAAAUACCAGAAUUACAUCAUGGAAGGUGUGAAGGCCACCACCAAGGAUGCGUCCCUUCAGCCAAGGAAUGUCCCAAACCGUUAUACUUUUCCUUGUCCUUACUGUCCUGAGAAGAAUUUUGAUCAAGAAGGGCUUGUGGAACACUGCAAAUUAGUCCAUAGCACGGACACCAAAUCUGUGGUUUGUCCAAUAUGUGCCUCGAUGCCAUGGGGAGACCCCAACUACCGGAGCGCCAACUUCAUAGAACACAUCCAGCGUCGGCACCAGUUUUCUUACGACACUUUCGUGGAUUACGACGUUGAUGAAGAGGACAUGAUGAACCAAGUGCUGCAACGCUCCCUCAUUGACCAGUGAGCAGGCUCCGUUUCCAGAGCUUCCAUUGUGUGUCCGUGUGAAACAUGUGACUCUUCCACCUAAAAUGUACCACAGACCUGGAAGUGAGCCUUGGUGUUGGGAUGGGGUCACUUCUGACAGGGAAACAGGUCCCCAGUCAAGCCCUCCUUUCCUUGGGGCUCUUCCCCUACUGCUCACUGUUUGUCAUCUGUCCGGUUUUUUCCUGCUCCUCAGCCAUUUCCUGGAGCUUUUGCCUCCUCUUUGGAAGAGAACCCAGCUUUCCACCUCUCCUCGUUUCAUGCCUGCUUCUCCUGUCCACUGUUGAUCUCUCAGGUCCUCCGAACCAGCCAGGACCUUUUCUGGGUCAUGAGUAGCACAAAUGAAACAAGCAUCUCCUCCCCUUGUCCCCAAGGGGUGUGAGCGCCAGCAAGAAUGGAGUGAUGGGUGAUGGAGCGCCCCCUCCUGUGCUGUGCAGAUUCCUGUUGGUUGGUCCUUGGCGGCAGCUGCCAGGAGCUAGAGUUACCUCAUGGGAAACAUUUCACAGGUCUUGUUAGGGUGGAUGUUCUGGGUUGAACAUGGUCUGAUGCUGGAAGUUUUGAUGAGUGAGAUUUUCCUAUCAUUCCUGCACACCCUUAGGAUUUAACUGGUUCAGACUUAAAUGCCUGCAUGGUGCCUUUUUAGGGUAUGGUGUCACCACGUAUUUUUAGUGAAAAUAAGUGUUUCUAGGUUAGGAAAGUUAAAUUCCAAUUAUCCGUAAGAGGGGAGGAGGGUCAGCUAAGAGGUGGAAGGGCGCUAGCUUUUUGGUUCUAAUUUUCAAACUGAUGAAGUAUUUUCAGAUGACUCAGUCAUGAUGCCUCUCGAUUUGGGAGCCUGCUUAUGUUCUUGUCCUGGAAGCAUGAAAAGAAGUCCUCAAAUGAAUAAGAAGUUUGUGAGCUCCCAUGAAUACUAGUUCUUGCAUCUUUUAUUUGGUAACUUAGAUUAAAUUGUGUUGCUUUUCUAUCACAAAUGGUUUCCUUAUAAAACUGGUUACAACACGUGAAUUGAUGUGUAAAGACCUGCCUUCGAAAGCAGAGAGGUCUUGGGAGCACCACCUGCUGCCUGACCCUCCUCUGAGAAGUUGGUAAUAGAAGCAGCUCAAGAAGCUUGGCGUUCACCAUGUUUCAUGAAUAUUAAUAAAUAUAAGGCUAAGGGCUUGUAAUGUAUAGGAGUAGAGCCUCUGAUCGACCAAAAGGCAUCUGGAUUUCAAUUCAUUUUUCCCUGCCAGACCUCUUGUCUGAAUAUGGACACUUUUUUUUCCAGUCAGCGGCUGAGGCUGCAAAUGACGGGGCUUUUGGCCUGUGCACUGCUAUUGUGGGCCCCUCUGUCCCUGCCACCGAGAGCCAGAUGCCUAGGAACCAGCAAAAACACAGCUCUUGGGGGCAAAGUAAUUUUUUCUAAUCUGCUGUUGCUUGAGAGGGCCCAAAUGUUAUGGUCAGUUUCUUCACUGUAACUUCUGGAAAAAGUUCACUUCGAGCCCCCUGGAUUGAGAUCACCUCGGUCUAAGUUUAGAGGGAAAUUGGACAAAACCUUCGUUUAGGGAACUGAUGAUGGUGGUCUCACGGGUGGUACCAAGAAACAGAGUUCCUUGUAUUAAGUGCACUUCAUGUAUUUCUAAUAAGAGGACUUUCCAGAUAGUGACAUUUGUUAUGUUCUGGCUUUUAAAAGGUGAAAUACAAAUAAAUUUCAUAAUUUAUCCAA